AUGACUGAAUUAAUCAUUCAACAAACAAUUGACUCAGCAUGUUUGAAAAAAAAUCGAUCGAGUAGAAAUGAACGGCAAGUAUUCGCAAGUUCAUUUCUUAAUGUUGUUUCUCAAUGUAUUCAAAUUAACAACAGUAUUUUCACUGAUUAUGGAAUAGAUAUUCUAGAGACUAACGGUAGUUCAACAAUCACCAAUGAUGUUGUUCAUCGUCUACAUUCAUUAUCAUCCUUGUAUUUUCAAAGUCUUAAUCAGAAUACCAAUUGUAAUCAUAACAUGUUUUGUCAGACAUCUCAACAUAGAAAUAAUAACAACGAGAUGAAAGGAAAACAAUCCUACUCUGUAGAUAUUCAUUACGUAUCGAUUCGAUUACCAGCAAGAAUCGAAAUGCAAUUGAGAAACAAUCGACUUCUUCAAGAAACUAUUCAUAGUUAUCGACGAGAGAAGAAAUUAUCUAAAGUAAACAAAAGAUCUACCUUAAAACCACCAAACGACAAAGACGAAGAAGAUCUCUUAGCCAUUGAUGUUGAAUCGAUAUGUCCUGUAGAAUCCGACGAUGAUCAGACUUCCUCGCUGUCGAACACUGAUUGGAAUUCAAAGGAAAAUUUAAUUGACUUAAUGAGACAAAUUUACGAUCGAUGUAAAAAUCAAAGUAAUCAAAACGAUGAUAAAUUUCUUGCAAAUAUCAAAAAGAUACUCAGCAAGAUAAUCGAUGAUGAGGUCAUCUAUGAAUCUUCACAGAAUGAUACUCAUUUCAAUAAACAAAGAAGACAAAAGAAGACAACAAGUGGUGGAAUUUUAGAAAUUCUACCGUAUGAGAACACAUACGGUCAGUUCUAUCAUUCCAAUCAAUUUUCAUCGAUCGAAUCGACAAUGAUUGAGAAAAUUAUUCAAGGAGUACAUGCGAUGAUAGCAACAUUAACAAAUUCGAAAGAUGCAAAAGAUGUUCUAAAUGGUCUCAUAAUUACCACGGAUCCUUCAUCUCCUUUGAAUAGUCAUCUGAAUAUCAAACUAACCGAUGAACUGGUGAAAACACUCCAAAAACGUUUUAUGACCCGAAAACAACUUUAUACUUCCAAUAACGAACGCCGAAAUAUUCGUAUGGCCAUAGAUUUAGUCUUAGCAGAUUAUCGUCUGAAUGGUCUCACAAAUCUUUGUCGAUCCGAUUCAAUUCUUCUAUCUUGUAAGAUUCGAAAGAUCCUCAAAUGUACACAAACACGAACUCUAUGUUCAUAUGCGGAUAUCUUAACAACGCUCAACGAAUCCAAUUCUACAACACAAAUACACUUCCGUACGAUAACACGCGUGUGUUUAUCUUCCGAUGAAUUCAUUGAGAUUCUCGGUGAAAUGUAUCAAACAUGCUAUGCAACGAUGGAAACAUUGAAAUAUUAUUUAGAAGCAAGUGAUAUCAUUGAUACGGAAACGAAUCUUAUACAUUCGUCCGUAUCAACAUCGAAACAACUUGAUGAACUGAUGAAAUAUAUCUUAUAUGAAGAUGCAAUUCGAUUAGUAUGUAAAUUCAUAUCUGAUCAACAACGAAAUAAUAUCAAUGACGAAGACAAACAAUUGACAUUAAUUCUUCCGGCCAAACUAAACGAUUUGUAUCAACCCAUCAAAAAAUUAAGUGCUUUUAUGUCAACAACGGAAGUACUAACAGCGAUUAGAAAACCGUACCUAUCUCAAUUAAAUCAGAGAGCAAAAACGAAAACGAUAACAGUCAAUGAUCUACGUGCAAUUACUUCUCACAUUUGGUUAUCAGCAGAGGAUUUUCAAUCAGUGAUUACUACGCAUGCAGUUAGUUCAGAUAUAAUUUGUCAAUUUUACAUUGAUUUUCAUGAAAAAGAUGAUAUUGACGAACGAUUGGAUAGAAUAACAAGAAAAAUUCAUGAACAUCUGAAUUCACAUAGCUGCAUGAGUCGAAUAGUUUUCAAAAUGAUCGCUGAACGAUCCAACGGAACAAGCCUCAUUCCAUUUCUUGACGAAUUCAAUCGAACUCCUCGUUUCAUAUCAAUUAUUGAUAUCUAUGACGAGCUGCUUGCUUCAGGUUUGAUUUCCAUAAGCGAACUUCUGGUUCAAGCAAAACAAGAAAUAGUUAUAAAAAAAUCUUCGCUACUGAAACACUUUCAACACAUUUCAUUCAUUCGAAAACAUGAUGCGGAGUCAUUAACUGAAAUGACAUUAGUGAUACGAGAAGAUCUUCUAAUCGAAUUUCUUGUCCAACGAGCUCAAGCGAUUCGAGAAGCUUAUAUCGAUUGUAUAGUUAAUAACGCUGAACGUCGAGAUUUCAUUACGAAAAAUACAAUGAAAUCAACGAAGAGACUAUCGUCGCUAUCAAUUCACGAAUUCAUACGAUGCUUUCAUUUGAAUCCCAGUUGUGGAAAAAUAUUCUAUUGGAUGAAUUUGAUCGAUGAGAACAUAGUGAAGAUUUUGAUCGAGACAAAAACCUUUGUGAAUGAAUAUACAUUGAACGGAGUAUAUCAGAGUUUUCAAACAAGACUUCAAGAUACAUUAGACUCUGGGUCCUCUUAUAUUUGUGUGGAGAAUGCCGUUCACAGUAUUGACUUGAAGACAUUAUGUCAACUUAAAUGCUAUUUAACAUACGAACAGUCAUCUAAUCUGGUUGACUUUGCUGAUCUUGAAUAUAUCGAAAAUCUUUCAUCUCUAGUUGUAAUACAAGAUGUUGUUUCCUAUGAAAAUAUGAAGAGUUUGUUAGAAUCAGAUGGUUCUCGGCCGCCCACUUACGAACAAAUAUCCAAAUUGAUUCGUCCUAAACAACAAGUUAUUGAAUGUCGAACUCUUCAUGAUUCAUUUCGUCAACGAAUUCAUUUUCGUCAAAAGCGAUUCGAACGUGUACAAAAUCUACAAAAACUUCUACUCUCACCGGCACUAUUCGAUCAAUUCAUCGAACUGAUUCCUAUUUCAGGCGAAGAGUAUUUCGCUCGCAUCGAACUCGAUCGUCUCGAAGAUAUGAAACUUAUCGAUCUCGGUGUUUUGGCACUUCUACUCACAUUACAUCCGUACAAUUCUCUAAUUCAUCAACAUAAAUACGAAUGGUUUCGUGAUCAAGACAGUCGUUCGUCUUCAUCAUCUUCGGUGAACAAGAGCAGUUAUUUACAUAUCCUCGAUCCAAUCAUUGAAAAAUACUCCGUAUUCUUAACGAUUAACCUGAUCAAGAUUAUUUCCAAUAAGGAUCGAUUUUCAACUGUCAAUGAAAUCUUGUUAUCCGAUCCCGAACAUUAUUUAUCAGUUGAAGAAGUUUGGAAAAUCUGUGUCUAUGAAAAACUUUUAUCAUACGAUGAUGCUCUACGUAUUUGUCAAGAAACAUUUCCAAAUUCACAAACAACAAAUGCGAAUGAACUAUCCGAAAAUGGACAAAUACCAUCAAUAGACUCAAGUUCUCAGUUAAAUAAAACUAGUCCAACAGAAUGGUCGGUCCUCGAUUCUUAUAAUCAACACAUAGCAAGAUACUCUGACGAUGCAAUCCUUCAGGCAAAGUUGAAUAGAACAAUGUUCUUAGCUAUCUUUGAUUAUCUUCUUCAUUUGAACCAUCGAGUAACAAUUAAUGGAUAUUUACAACAAUUAUUUCACUCGUUCAAACCAAUUACAAUUCAUAAUGCACAAUUACUCAUAGAGAAAGAGAUGGCAAUUAUCAAAUUGUUGUUGCAUACACGUCAACAACAAGUUAAACUGAAUAUCAAUGAUCUAAAUCGAUAUUUAGAAUCUUAUCCAAUCCCAUGUCGAUUAGACAUAGCCAACGAUUUACGUCGUUCAAACAUGAUUUCUCAAUCUCUAGCCGAUCAAUACACACUGAUGCAAUGCUAUGAAUUGAAAUCAGCUAUACCAGAAAUUCAAACGAAUUUCCUCUUCUAUAUGCUGAUCAAACUCAUUCGAGAAGAAGGCUAUAUGGAUGAAGAAUGUGUGAAAAAGAUUCUUCAACAGUCUAAAACUGAUGCCAAUGAGAAGAAACUCAAUAAAAGUCUUCUACGCCACGGUUUCCUCACUAUUGAACAGCUAAGUCAAUCAACGAAAGACUUCUUCUUACAAGACUAUUUCGACGAACUAAACCUUGUAGCUGAACACAAACCGGUCAUUUCAAAAUCAGCUCUGUUAGAUCUUUUCCAUCGAGCGAUCCGACUCGAGUCUACUCUCAUGGAAAACAUGCGUCGACGUCAAGUGAUUCAACUUUCCACAAUAAUCAACCUCUUGAAACAUGCGAAAAUCAACAAAGAAAAAGUUCAACGCAAAGUUGAUAAUGUACUUUCCAAAAUGGAUGAAAAUACGCAUUUAUCUUCGAAAAUGGCUCGGUCUACAUUCAACAGAAUGACUAAACGACGGUCAUCAAUUCAAAAUGAAUUACACCCAUCAACGAAUACAACUCACGAAUCUCUGCUCAAUUUACGGUCAUUACGUCAUCAUUAUAUUCAAGCGAAAAUUCCUCGAAAUCAAUUGCAUUUAUUAGUCGAACAGGGUAGUUGGUCUGAACAAAUUCAUCUUGAAUUUAAACAUGAACUGGACAUAAUCGAUGCGGACAACUCAUUAGAUCUUAUUCGAUACAUGAUCAAGAGCAUUUCGUCGUUGAUCGAAGAAAACGGUUCUGUGGGAGAAAAGCCAUUGAUGAAGCAUUUUCAACAACACGAGAUUCUAUUUACAGCUGAUUUCGAUUUAUUACUUAUGCGGUAUGGUAUGGUGACACUGGAGGAUUUGAUUGAUCUGUUCGUUGUAAGUCGACUCGCUAAACCUGAUGACAUCAAAUCGUAUGCCAGAAGAAUAUUCUGUUUGAAUGUCAAGACAUUUGUGGAUAUCUCAAAAUCUCAUGAAGAUAUUUUAGUUAAAAAGAACGAUGUUGAAAAUAAGUUGGAAAAACGUUGGUGUUUAACAGCAAAUGAUCUCUCUCAAUUAUUGAAUGAUGUGCUCAAACUUGAUCGUCUCAAACGAAUUCUUGAUAUGAUAUCAAAUAUCAAAACAUAUAUUCGUUUACAUCCAAUCAAUACAUUCAACGCAGUGAAAGCAUUGAAACUUGAAUUUGAUUUCAAUCAUUCGGAUAUGAAAUUUCUACGGGACUUGAAACUUUUGAACGAUGUAUGGUAUAAGCGAUAUCUUUUAUCACGAAUAAGUGAAACCAAUGUCAACAUUUCAACCGUAGCCGAUGAAGAACAAGACCAAAACGAUCAGCAAGAAUUUCGCUUUCGUUCCAGCGCUGAUGAUAAGUUCGAUUUCGACAGUUUUAAUAAAUUACUAGAUGGAAGGGAAACGCAAUCAACUAUGAGUGAUCAACGUAAACAAGCAUAUCUACAACAAUUGAAGAAGCGAAAGGAUCAGUUGACUUCGUACAGAGCAAAAUUAUCUAUUGAUGAAGAUCGUCUUCAGUUAUCAUUGGAUCUGGAUGAAUUGCAAAAGGAAGAAAAGAAAAACGAUCGUCCGCGUGUUAUUGAACAAUUCUUUCUGAAUGCAUCUACUGGUGGAGCUCAACUUCUCCUUCCCUUCUUAUCAGACGAUCAACAACGAGUGUUCAUGCAAUUAGACUUUGCAAGCGAACGGUGCGUCGAAGAUUUCUAUAAAAUAUCUGAAGAAAGUGAAGUGAAGCCAAGUACUCACAAUGAUUUAGUAGAGGAAGAAUCAACAAUCUUAUCUGAUGAAAAACAUAUAAAGAUAUCAAUGAAGGAGGAUGUUGAUGAUCAGUCACUAACACCAUCGAAAAAUCAAGCGUUUGUGGUAGAACAACGUGAUCAAGUACAAAAGACAGAACAAGUUAUUGUACCUGCAUCCAUCGAUAAAUCCUCAUCACGAACCAAAGAAUCGCUCUUGGCAAAUUCUGUCGCUGACGAAAAAGAAGAGAAUCUACAAUUAGAAGCUUUACCUGAAGCGUCAGUAUCUACCCAACGGUUUAUUUCUCCGAAAAUAACUGAAUCAUCUCAUGAAUUGGUUGUCGAACAAUCUGAAACAUUAUCGGACAGUACCCACGCAACAUUAUGUCUGACUGAAGAUUUAUGCACUACUCUUUAUCAAUCAUUUGAAGAAAUGUCAGCUGUGGAAAAGACAUCAUUGAGAAAACAACUGCAGCUCGUUCGCUAUAAAGUCGAUCAAUGGCUUGAUAGCAUCUUGCAACACAAUAAACAGUUACAAUCGCUUCAUAAUUCAAAUCAAUCAUUGAACCAACAUACCACGCAAUUGAUCGACUAUUUCCAUAAAGAAUUGAAUCUCUUCAAUGAAAAUUUGAUUUCGUCCAUGUUAUCGAAUUCGUUGGCUGAGUCAAAAAUCAAACAGCUUGUUCAACAACGAACACAUCAGAUGGAGAAUGUUUUACAAGAAAUGAAAGAUCAUCAAGAUAUGUUACGUGAUAUUCAUCAGCAGAUCGUCGAUGUAGAUCAAACGAUUCACGAUGAUUCAAACAAAAGCAAUCUGUUUAAAGAUUUAACUUUGAGAUUUAGCACAUCUAAAGAAGAUUUCGAGCGAAUUAGAAAAUCUGAAGUGAAUGAUGUCCAACCAAUUUUCAGAACACGCCUCGAAUUAGCGAUUCGAACACUCGAUGCUGACGUGGAGCUCAUCGAGCGAAUAUUUGACGGAAAAUCACCUAUCAAUACCGACUUAAACACCUCAUUGAUUGCAACAAAUGGUUGUAAACUACCUGCACAAUCCAUCGAAUUACGAACUCAUGAAAAUAUGAUUCUCAUUCGAAAUGAUUUAGCUGAAUUGAUUAAAAAUAUCACGACUCGUAGAAUGACCGUCGAUAAAAAUCAAGCGUUACAAGAUUUGUUUCAAAUAGACACAGCUGAACGUCUACGAGUAAUCAGACAGGAGUAUGCAGAACAGGAGAUCCACAAAGCAAAAGUUCAAAAUCUAGAUACAAAAUUAGAUGAUCUAGUUGCAAUCAACCAGGAGCUGGACAUUCAAUCGAUUGAAAUUCGAAAUCAUCUACAAAACAUCAUGACUAUGCGCUUGAACUCAAACCAUUCAAGUUUACCAUUGAAUGCCAUACUCAAAGUAUUCCCAAUGAAUCAGUUAGGAAGACCAAUUGAACAACCGGCAUGUCUUGUCGACGAGCAGGAUGUGCCUUUAUCUGACCCAGUCCAUUUUAUUCGAUUACCUCAAGAUACCGAUCGCUUUCAAAUCUCGAACGACAUGUAUGAAUUAACAAUUGUUGAUGAACACAAUGUUUCAAUAUGUGAUCCAAUCACAUUCAAACGCUUUACAUCCGAAUUGAUUACAUUUGAGUAUUCCGAUAGCGAUCGACGAGUUGUUGAAGUAUCCGCACAUAGCUUCACAGUUAAAAUAAUUUCACUUCGACUAAGACUAGUUCCCUUCGACCAAUUACCUGAAACAGAACAGCCAACAAGUCAAUCGUUAUUCGUCACGGACAAAAGGAAUCAGUUACUUUCGAAACCAAUACAAUUGACCGAUGAUAUCAGUACAUCAUUGAAUGUUUCUGAAUUCAAACUAGUUACCUUUCUCAUUGACGAGAAAACGAACAACCAAGUACUACUAACACCCGAACAGUAUCUGAUUACAUCGCAACAAGCAGAAUUUACGUCCAGAUACUUUGUUACGUAUCUAACCGAUCAAGACGACCGACUUAUCUCAGAGUCUGUCCAAACAUCUGAUUUUACAAUGCAAACGAUAAACGCAAUCGAAGAUACAGUUUUGAAAAGACUGGUACAAUAUGACAGAACUCGUCAUCACUUGUUCGAUUCAACAGUUUCAGCAACAGACAGUCAAGAACUCUUGGCGACUAUCUCAAAUGAACUUCAUUUUAUGCAUACUUACAUCGAAGAUCGAAUGAACAAAUUGAAAAUUGAAGAGAAGAUUAUCGAACAGAUUCUUCCCAUUCUUGAUGAACGUUAUAAUAUUAUUUCAACAGAUCAUAUCGAAUAUAAACAACAACAGGUCCAGAUGGAUUAUCUUCUUAAUACUAUGAAAUCCAUCGUACACUUGGACGAAAAACUAACAACAGCUCGGAAAAACAAGGCUGCUGGAUCCUUAGAAGUCGAAACACUUGAAAAUCACCUUAUCCAACAAUUGAUACAGAUCUCCGAUGAUCUCAAUGAUCAAUCUAUUGUUGAAGAAGUUCAAAAUCUUUCGCAACACUUUCACAAGACGCCACUCCUUAUUGAACUUCGACGCCUUGUUCUUUCCGGCAUAAAAACACAUGCAAAAGCAAUUCAAAAGAGAUGCGAAACUCUAUUGAUGAAGAUUCAUCAGAAGUCCAACCAAUCGAAACAGCCGGAUCAGAUUCGUACAGAGUAUAUUCAAUAUCUUACUAAACAACUCAAUAGAGAACGAACGCGUGAAAACGAAAUAGAACAACUUUAUGAAAAAAUCGAACGAAUGCAAUACGAUCUUUAUCAAAAAAUAGGUACGAUGGAAUUCUGUAUGAGUUAUAAGAAAAACCAUCUUGAUAUUUUCAUUGUUUUGACAGUUGACUCAGAAGAUACAAUUGAACUCGAAGAUCUUGACAACGUGGUGAAAACUAUGUAUAACCCAGAUAGAAUCGUAGUGUCAAGCUACGUGCAAACGAAAAACGAGAAACUCAUCUACAGAUUUCAUCACACACUUCGCUAUCUCCAUGAUCAAUGCAAAAUGGUUGAACGAAACAAAGAUGUUUUUCUUCAUGAAAUGCAACGAUUUCUACUCGAUACGAAUGCUAAUGAAUAUUCCUAUUUUUAUCAGAUCAAUUUUGCUCUAAAUGAAAAAAAAAUUCAUUCUCAUCAGAAACUAUUGGCAUACAUCGAAAAAAUCAAAAUUUUACUGAACAAACUCGAGACACUGUCAGACACAACUGUUCAGCGUGAUUUUCUCUUGACCAAACUUGAACGUUUAUAUGAAAUUCUACGAGAAAACUAUCAAAUCGAACUUCCUUCUGCAACAGACAUGGAAUCUCUGCGUCUGACGUUAAAUACCAUCAGAAAGACUACAGAAAAAGAAGUGCAACAGCUGAUUGGAACGAAAACUGAUUUGUCACGGAAAUUAGACGUAUUUAACAAGAAAGAAGAGUUAAUCCAACGCACUAAACCUGUUGAAAUCAUCCCAGAGGAACAAUUGAUUAUAUUAGAUACUUUUACUCACCAGUCGACAAUUGAACCAUUCAAUUUACGUCAUGAAUUUUACUCGACAAGAAUUGAACAUGUUGCCAAUUUUCUAAAACGAGGUUUAUUUGAUCCAUCUGCACUUAACAGAACGUUACAAUACUUGGAAUAUUAUGCUAAAAGUUUAAAAGAAGUAAAGAUUGACAAUGAAAACGAUUUGAAAAAUAUCACAGAACAAUUGUUUAAUACACGAAAAUAUUCCGUAGUUGACAGUCUUGUUCGUGAACAAGUCGAAGAUCUGGCAGAACAGGAAAAUAGAGUAACACGAUGUCAACAAUCAAUAAUUCGAAUACAAACAAUGAUUGAUGAAGUAAUCGAACACCUUCGAACUUUGCUGAGUUCUAAUACAGAGCCAAGAACUUAUCCGUUAUCAUUAGUUGAGUUAAAACAGAAAGCAAUAGAAUCAAUCAUUCAAUCCAAUGAAUAUGAACGCUUGUCUAAACGUGUAUCACCUAAUUUGUUACUGUUACAUGAAAUCACUUCCGGACAACAGUUAAUCUCUUUAACCGCACCGUCGCUUCUUAAUCAUUUUCAGUUAGGAAUAAAAUGCAUGAUUCAUCAAGAACUCUCAUCCCAAGUUUUCCUCCUUCGACGUCAAUCAUCUGCUUUUCGAAAGGAUUACACCGAACAAUUAUCGUCGCUGGAUCCAACGGACACCACAGUUCAAACGAUACGAACAGAAAUCACAUAUCUACAAAGAAAAUACGAUGAAGCAGUUGCUGUUGGUGAUAUCAGCCAGCAACUAGCAGCAAAACAAAUCAUAUCUGCCAAAAUGCAAGACAAUUCUGAACUAUUCAAAACUAAACUCUCGAAAACUACUGAGCAAUUACCUGUUGACAGUCAGAAGAUCAUGGAAUAUCUGAAAUCAGAUACUUCAACUACAUCGAUAACAACAAAUGAACAAUCUUUACCAUCAGCUCAAAUAGACGAACGAAUAGAUGAGCUACUAGCUAACCAAAUAAAGACUAUACACGAACUAAUCCUUACUAAUGCUGAACAAAAUGAACAACAUUCUGUUACAGAUCUCCAACAAUUGAGCGAUGAUCUGAAGAGAUUUCGCGAAGAAAAUAAUCGACAUCGAGAGAUUGAUGCUCAACUUCAGAUCUUAGAUAAUAUCGAACAAUUAGAUCAUGAUACAAAUACUCGAAAUGUUGUGGAAAAUCUUCGUAAACAUCUCCUUAACGAACAACAAUUGUCAUUCGCUGUUAAAUUAACUGAACAAUCACAUCACAACGCACCUAUUCAAAUCGUACCAACUUUAUCCAACGUUAUCGAAUCAACUCGCUCUGUUAUGAUAAAUGAUUCUCUCGAACCGACAGACAAACCGUUAUCGAGUAUGAACGCGAAUGAAUUGUAUCAAGAACUGCAACAAUUGAAGUAUUCAAUUGCAUCCGCUUUCGAUCAUGAACUAACGACAUCGAUUACUCCAGAUAUUAAAAGUUCAUCAGCAGUACCAUUGGCGUUGACAGUUGAUAUGACAAUUGAAGAUAGUGAAGAACAUGUUCAGAGCGAUGACGUUCACGUAGUCCGAAUACCUAGCCAAAAUCGAUUGCAAUCAGGUUCAAUGCAAAGCUUUCGCAGUUCUUUUCAAACCUCCAAACCUACUCAAGAUUCAACAAAUGAUCUCACUGCAGUCGGUCGUAGAACAUCAUUAUCCAUCGUGGGAAAUGCUCGAAAAUAUUCCAUUGAGCAACAAAAAUCCAAACAGCGACAAAUCGCGAAUUCAACACAUCGAUCUGUUAGACAAUCUGAACGUCAAUACGGAGAAGUUUAUGUUCGCCAUCAACUUCCUGAAGACAAACCUUUCUUGGAUAGUCAUCGGGAUAUACAUAGUAAAUUGUAUGAUAAAGUUAAGAAAAAGACGCGUUUAGUUAAAUUCGAAAGAACAAUAAAAGGAAAUACAGUAAUCCAUCGGCAAGUGAAUUUACCGAUGACUGUCUCGCUUGUUCCACAGCGAGCAGUUUACGAAGAGAACCUUCAACCAGCACCACCAUUAAUACAUGUGAAAGAUAUUCCUGACCAUUCCAUCAAGAAAGUGGCUAGUGAUUCAAAAUCAAUUGAAAGAUUAUUCUCCAUAUCUGCAUCAUCGACAUCACUAUCAAAAACCGAUUCUGAACAAAAAAUUCCUGACUUUAAUGAUUUCGACUAUCUCCACGAAACAUCUGAUACUCCAUCAUCGUAUCAUUCAGCUACUGCUCUCUCUCUCAUCGCAGAAGUAUCUGAAGAAGUUGAGUUAUCCGAUCAAAUACCAUUCAAAUCAGCACUUGAAGAUUCGUCCAUGAAAAUCGAUACGGUUGCCGCAGAAGAUACCAUCAAUGAAUUCCAUGGUUCAAAUACUGAACAAAAACUAGAUGCCACUCUAAAAGUGACACCAUCAAAUGUGUCCCCUGUCACCAGUCAUAUACACACUCAACAAUCAGAGAUGUUAAAGAAUCAAGUAAAACCUACUGAAAAUAUCGUCACUAAGACUAUGUCAUUCUUCUUUCACACUAAAAUCAAGAUGACAACUUCGCCGACUGUUCUCGAAGAUCUUCCGAGAGCGGUCAUUGCCAAAAAACCAAAACCAUCAGCACCAACCAAGCGAAAGAGUACAAAAAAGAAGCCUUCUGAACGGAAAUCAAAGCUGAAUACGACUAUUCCAGUCGAGGACAAUCAAUUGAUGCCAAUACAACCUACAAUAGAUGAUGACACAUUGUUCGCUCAAGAUCUCGAUGUUGAACCUGAGAAUGUUUUACCUCCACCUGUCAUACUCGAAAGCAAAGUCGUUUAUCAUAAAGUUGAUGGUAGAUUGAAACGCAACAAAAAGAAAGAGAAAAGAAGCAGUAGUCGCGAUAGGACGAAAAUGAAAUCAAAUAAGAAUGAACCUCUAGUACAAUCCGCACCGUUGGUACUAAUGCCACGAAAAGCUGUGCCUUUCAUUUCCGCUACAGAAGGUAAACAGAUCGAUGUCGAAGACGAUCUUCCAAUGAAGUCGAGAAAGAAGAAACGAAAACGUUCAUCUAAGUCAAACCGUCGACAUACAAGAUCUCGAUCGUCAUCGAAGAAAAAGAAGUUAUCUGGUGAGAACAAGAAGAAGAAGAAAAGUAGAAGUCGAUCGAAGAAACAAUUGAAAAUAGAAGAAAAUAUCGAUCAUGUUUCAAUUGAACCACAGAUGAUAACAAAUAAAGAUGCUCUUGCUAAGCACCUACUCGAUGUCAAAAGAUUCACCGGUCCACCUGUGUCUGCUCUUACUUCUGAUACGACACACAACGACAGUAAAGAUACGAGGAAACAUUCUCGAUUAAAACUACUCAAACCAAUGAUUAAAAAUUUUGAACUUGAUACUAAUUCCCAUCGAUACAUAAGCGAAGUUCAUGAAGUUGAUGCAUAUGAUCUAGAUAAAGAGUUGUUUGAUUUUAAUAAAGAUACAGUAGAUGUUAACCAACCAGCGAUGUUUACUGAAUAUAUUCCUGAGUUAUUUCAAAAACAAGCAGAAGAAAAACAAAUUCGUCGAAUUUCGUUAACAGCAAUUAAAACAGACGAAAGUCUUGUUAAACGUCUGGCACCAAGAGUAUCUCGAUUGUACAAUGGCUGGCAGCCAAGUAAUACACCUUCUGUACAUACACAAGAAUUUCAUCCAUUGAGGAAAUAUCUCAUGUCGAAUCUAUCGUAUUAUUUCGAUGAGGAAUUCGUUGACGAAUCGGGUCUUUUUCAAAAUCCGAAAAGCUCCGAUAAAACUCAAACACGAAUAAAACAAGCCACUCAACGUUUCCGCGAUGAUUAUAUCAUAAAAGAAUUUUUCCAUUGUUGGAAAGACUAUACAACAGAAAAGGCUCGUAUUGCUGAACUGCGACGAAAACGAGUGUUGAUUGAUUUUCGUGAAUUUUGGUUUCAAGAUGCACUUUCCGACCCGUUCUAUUCGUAUUUCCAACAACCAUCAGAUUAUGUCAAAAAAUUAGAUCAACAACAUCAAAUGGCUUAUCGUUUACAUAAACGUCUCGUUCGAACAGGCCGUGAACAACCCAAAGAGACGAUGAAACAUACGAAUCGUCCAUCAUUUUUACCUUAUCUCUUCAAUCUACCUCAAAACGACCUCGAUCGACAAAUUUCGCUAACGCAUCGUCGUGUUCAACUGAUAAACAGCGCGGACGGCGACGAUAAUAUUCAGCUCCUUCCUCUAUCGAAUCUGUUGGCAAGUCAAGAUGAAGUUUUAUCAUUAAUACGUGAACGUAUUCACCUUUACAAUCGAACCAAAUCUUCCAUGGAUAUUCAUCGAGAUGAGUUAGCCAUUAAACAACUGUUGAUCAAUAGUUCAUUGUUAAAACAAGGAACAAUCAAAGAUUUAGAUCGAUUGAUCAUCGAUUACUAUACAUCAUUGGAAAAUUACGAAAUAAAAACUCUCCGCAAAAUCUCCAAUCAGUCCGUCAAAUUACCACCACUCACAGCUGCCAAAUAG